CAUACUUUUUCACACACUCGUCUCUUCAGCUUCCUCAGCAACCUCACAAAAAGGUUCAUCCACCAUCGCUAUGGCUUUCAAGAUGGGUAGGUGCUACCCAUCUUCUAGACAAUGAAUAUGUUCGUAAUGUUCCAAAGUCUUUCUCCGGCGAUCAUCGCCGCCAUAGUCUUGUCGUCGCUCUUCUUUUAUCUACUAUCAAAGAGAAAACAUAACAACCGUCUUCCGCCGAGCCCUCCGUCGUUACCGAUCAUAGGCCACCUCCACCACCUCGGCCCACUCAUCCACCAGUCUUUCCACCGCCUCUCCACGCGCUACGGCCCACUAAUUCACCUCCGUCUCGGAUCUGUCCCCUGCGUCGUCGCCUCCACACCGGACCUCGCAAGAGACUUUCUCAAAACUAACGAACUCGCCUUCUCUUCACGAAAACAUUCAUUAGCCAUCGACCAUAUUACUUAUGGUGUUGCCUUCGCCUUCGCACCUUAUGGACCUUACUGGAAAUUCGUCAAGAAACUGUCAACAGUCGAGCUUUUAGGCAACCAAAAUCUCAGUCAUUUCCUCCCCAUUCGAACCCAUGAAAUCCACGAGCUUCUUCGAACAAUAAUGGAGAAAUCGAAACGAAAAGAGGUUGUUAAUUUGACUGAAGAGUUCUUGAAGCUAACAAACAACGUGAUAUGCCAAAUGAUGAUGAGCAUUCGAUGUUCUGGGACGAACAAUGAGGCGGAUGAAGCCAAGAAUCUUGUUCGAGAAGUGACAACGAUCUUCGGAGAGUUUAAUGUUUCCGAUUUCAUAUGGUUUUGUAAGAACAUAGAUUUGCAAGGGUUUAAGAAGAGGUAUGAGGAUACACAUAGAAGGUAUGAUGCUUUGUUGGAGAAAAUCAUAUCCGAAAGGGAGGAAAAGAGAAGAAGGGAAGGGAAAGGAGAAGAUAACAAAGGGAAAGAUUUUCUUGAUAUGUUGCUUGAUGUUUUGGAGGAAGGAAAAGCAGAGAUUAAGAUUACAAGAGAUCACAUCAAAGCCCUGAUUUUGGAUUUUUUCACAGCUGCAACAGAUACAACUGCAAUAUCUAUAGAAUGGACCUUAGUGGAACUCAUCAAUAACCCACAUGUGCUUGAAAAAGCAAGAACAGAGAUUGAUCAAGUCAUCGGAAAUAAGAGAUGUCAUUGUCCAAGGAUAUGA